GAAUAUUCAAAGUCGCCACUCUCCUGCUGUCCGUCCGAGACAGAAACGCAGGGAUGGAGAUUCCGGAGUGCCCCAUCUGCCUCCAAUCAUACGACGAAGACGACCAGAUCAUCCCACGUGUCCUUCCCUGCGGCCACUCCGCAUGUGAGCCGUGCAUCAGACAGCUCCCCUGCCGCUUCCCCAACACCAUCUCCUGCCCUGCCUGCACCCAGCUCAUCCGAUUCCCAGGAUCCAAUGGCCCUUCUUCCCUCCCCAAGAACAUCGAUCUCAUCCGCUUCAUCUCCCAAACAAAACCCCAUUCCCAAUCCAAAAAUUACAAUCCUGCCACUGAAACCCGCUCCUCCACCCCAACCGACGCCCGAAAUUCUCCGUCUGAAUUUCUCCCCCGCCUCUGGACUGAAGACUUCUAUUCAACCUGGAAAGAUUGGAUUCUUCCCAGUGAGGUGGUUUCAGUAGGAGAGAGAGUUCAAAGAGGUGAAGGAUUCUUCUCUUUAUGUCACGGAAGGACUAUAAAUUCUUCUUCUUCUUCUUCGUAUAUGUGUUCAUCUUUUAAUUUUAAUCAUGAUGUGAGUCUUUUGUAUAUUACGGAUUCUCCGUGUUCAAAUGAAUCGGGUUUUAGUCUUAGCUACACAGCUCGGGUAAUGAAAGCUUUGUAUCGGCUGAAAGAACGGGAGAGAACUGAAUUGGGUUUUAUUGUACGAGCCUGCUCGAAGCAACGGUGGGUUUGUAGGGUUUAUGGGUUUUGGAUGGAUUUGGAAGACGGGUCUGUUUUCUUGGUGUGCGAGAGGUUGGCCGGUGAUUUUAUGAAGAAGCUUGGGGAGUUGAAUGAUGGGUUUUUUGGCAUUGUUGAGAGGGAUGCAGUGGAGGGAAAUCCGAAUUUGAGGGUAGAUGAUGUAAUUUUGGGUUUCGCGAAUCAUGGUUUGCGGUUGUGUGAAGCGCUGAUGGGUUUGCAUUCGGAAGGUGUAGUUUGUGGCUGCUUGGCACCAUCCUGUUUUAGGUUCGAUGAUUAUGGGUGUUUUUCUAUUGACUUGAAUGAUGUCCUGGUGACUGGAAGGAGAGUCCGGAAGAGCAUCGCAAGUGCUGGUUCUACUCGAAGAAGCAGUGAUAGCUCGAAAACCAAUUUGGGUUUUGCUGAUCUGUUGAAAAUCCAAGCAUUUGCAAGUCCAGAGUUGCUUAUGUUGUUGCACGGUGGGAGCGAGGCAAUGGACCAUGGUUUAGAGGUUUUGUCUGGGCAUGGCUCGGAUAUCUGGUCCUUGGGUUGUAUCUUAGUUAGGCUUCUUGUGGGAGGUUUGAUUGUUGAUGAGCUGUUUGAAAGUUUUUAUUGCAUUCUACAGAAAAGAACUGACAAAAGCUGUGAUGAAUUUCUGGACAUGUAUAUAGUUUGGAUGGAGAAAGUGGCUUCUGUGUUGGGAGCAUUCUUGGAUGGGCGAUUUCAGUCAUUGCUGCAAAUUAUUUGCCAGUGCUUGGAUUACGAGCCUGAAAGCCGUCCACAUGUGAGUGAUGUAUGGAGGUGUGUUAGGGGAUUGCUUAUCAUGCCCCAUGUUGAUAUUCUGGCGGACUUGGAUGCCUUGAUCAGACUGGAAAAUGCUCACCAUUGCUUGAUUCUUGGGGAUUUGUGUCUGCUGCCAAAGGAAGUUGAGAAUGGAUCACAAAAGCAGAAUAGACAUGAAUUGCAGAAGUGCGGUGACAUCGCAGACGAUCUUCUGAGCAUGGGUUUGGUCGGAAGCAGUGGAACUGAUGUUACUCAAUUGAAGCAGGAGCAAAUUGAUAAAGAACUUGUUGAUGGGUUGCAUUCUGGUGAUUUGAACUCUGUGACGUUGCAGGGUCACCUUGAUUGCAUCACAGGAUUAGCUGUUGGAGGGGGGUUUCUGUUUAGCUCCUCCUUCGAUAAAACAGUCCAUGUAUGGUCCCUGCAGGACUUUUCUUAUGUACAGUCCUUGAGAGGUCAUGAACAUAAAGUCAUGGCCAUAGUCAUUGUGGAUGCAGAUAAGCCACUGUGCAUAAGUGGAGACGGUGGAGGUGACAUUUUUAUUUGGGAUUUUGGCAUUUCUCUUGGACAAGAGCCAUUGAGGAAGUGGCGUGAGCAUAACGACUGGCGUUAUACUGGUGUUCAUUCGUUGGCUGUCUCAGGAGUUGAUUAUCUUUAUAGUGGCAGUGGUGAUAAGUCGAUAAAAGCAUGGUCGUUGCAGGAUUACACCCUUGUAUGCACUAUGAACGGUCAUAAAUCGGCGGUAUCUUCUUUAACAGUAUGCAAUGGGAUUCUUUACAGUGGAAGUUGGGAUGGAACAGUUCGUUUAUGGUUGCUUAGUGAUCAUAGCCCUUUGGCAGUAUUGGGGGACGACACACCUGGAAGUUUGGCCUCUGUUUUGUCGCUUUCGGCAGGAAACCACUUGCUGGUUUCUUCUCAUGAGAAUGGAUGUGUAAAGAUGUGGAAGAAUGACAUGCUUGUAAGGUCAAUGCAAACUCAUGAGGGUGCUAUUUUUGCCGUUGAAAUGGUUGGGAAAUGGCUCUUUACAGGAGGUUGGAAUAAGAUGGUCAAUGUUCAGGAGUUAUCGGAGGAUGAGUUUCAAGUGGAUGCCAGGAUGGUUGGCACUAUUUCUUGUGAUUCCAUUAUAACUGCUUUGUUAUAUUGGCAGGGAAAGCUUUUUGUGGGAUUCUCCGACAAGGUUAUCAAGGAAAAUGUCAUUCAUUUCAAGAAGAAUUGGAGAGAUUUCAUAAGCUUAAACUACUGGGUCGUCCAAGACUACUACCGCCUUGUCGACUCUGUCAAUUCUCUCGAGCCGCAGGUUCUUCGAUUGUCUGAUGAACAGCUUACUGCAAAGACGGACGAAUUCCGUCAUCGUCUGAGCCAGGGAGAAACGCUAGCGGAUAUUCAAGCUGAGGCAUUUGCUGUCGUCCGCGAAGCUGCAAAAAGGAAGCUUGGGAUGCGGCAUUUUGAUGUCCAGAUUAUUGGUGGGGCGGUGCUUCAUGAUGGUUCUAUUGCUGAGAUGAAGACAGGUGAGGGGAAGACUCUCGUUUCGACAUUAGCAGCUUAUCUGAAUGCACUAACAGGCGAUGGAGUUCAUGUUGUAACUGUCAACGAUUACCUAGCUCAGCGGGAUGCAGAGUGGAUGGGCCGUGUUCAUCGCUUUCUUGGUCUUUCAGUGGGUCUUAUACAGAGGGGCAUGACUGCUGGGGAGAGGAGAUCCAACUACAACUGCGAUAUAACAUACACGAAUAACUCAGAACUUGGCUUUGAUUAUCUUCGGGACAAUCUUGCGGGAAAUAGAGAGCAAUUGGUUAUGAGAUGGCCAAAGCCAUUCCAUUUUGCAAUCGUCGACGAGGUUGAUUCAGUCCUUAUAGAUGAAGGAAGGAAUCCGUUGUUAAUAAGCGGUGAGGCUACUAAAGAUGCUGCUCGAUAUCCAGUUGCUGCAAAAGUAGCUGAACUGCUUGUACGAGGCCUUCAUUACAAUGUCGAACUCAAAGAUAACUCGGUGGAGAUGACUGAGGAAGGAGUUGCACUUGCUGAGAUGGCUCUUGAAACAAAUGACUUAUGGGAUGAAAAUGAUCCCUGGGCAAGGUUUGUGAUGAAUGCCUUGAAGGCCAAAGAGUUCUACAGGCGCGAUGUUCAAUACAUUGUUAGAAAUGGGAAGGCCCUUAUAAUCAAUGAGCUUACAGGAAGAGUUGAAGAGAAAAGGAGAUGGUCUGAGGGUAUCCACCAAGCUGUGGAGGCUAAAGAAGGCCUGAAGAUCCAGGCUGAUUCUGUAGUUGUGGCACAAAUUACAUAUCAAUCAUUGUUUAAGCUCUACCCAAAGCUUUCAGGGAUGACUGGAACUGCAAAAACCGAAGAGAAAGAAUUUCUGAAAAUGUUUCAGAUGCCAGUUAUUGAAGUUCCUACAAAUCUUCCAAAUAUUCGGAAAGAUUUACCUAUUCAAGCUUUUGCUACUGCACGUGGGAAAUGGGAAUAUGUUCGAGAAGAAGUAGAAUUCAUGUUUGGACAGGGCCGUCCUGUCUUAGUUGGUACCACAAGCGUUGAAAACUCCGAGUAUUUGUCUGAUCUGCUGAAGGAACGGAAUAUCCCGCACAAUGUCCUUAAUGCACGACCCAAGUAUGCUGCGAGAGAGGCUGAAAUUGUUGCUCAGGCAGGUCGAAAAUCUGCCAUCACCAUUUCUACCAAUAUGGCUGGUCGAGGCACUGAUAUAAUCCUCGGUGGCAACCCAAAAAUGCUUGCAAAAGAAAUCAUAGAGGACAGCUUACUUCCAUUUCUAACGCAAGAGGCACCAAAUGUUGAAACUGAUGGGGAGGCAGUCUCUCAAAAGGGUUUGUCCAAGAUAAAAGUUGGACCAUCAUCACUUGCUUUACUAGCAAAGACAGCACUCAUGGCAAAAUAUGUUUGCAAAAGUCAGGAAAAGUGCUGGACAUAUAGGGAGGCAAAAUCUAUGAUUUCAGAUUCCAUCCAUAUGAGCCAGUCAAUUGGUGUGCAAGAGCUAGAAAAACUUAUUGCUGAGGAAUCUGAGAUGUAUCCUAUUGGCCCUACAAUAGCACAUGCUUAUCUUAUGGUCUUGAAGGACUGCGAGGCACAUUGCUGUGCUGAAGGGUCCGAGGUGAAAAGGUUGGGGGGCCUUCAUGUGAUUGGGACAUCGUUGCACGAGUCUCGGCGAAUAGAUAAUCAGCUUCGUGGUAGAGCAGGUAGACAAGGUGACCCUGGAUCAACAAGGUUUAUGGUGAGCUUGCAGGAUGAGAUGUUUCAGAAGUUCAAUUUUGACACAGAGUGGGCUGUUAGACUUAUAUCAAAGAUUACAAAUAAUGAGGAUGUACCCAUUGAGGGUGAUACAAUUGUAAAACAGCUUUUGGCCCUGCAAAUUAAUGCGGAGAAAUACUUCUUUGGAAUAAGAAAAAGUCUUGUUGAGUUCGAUGAAGUACUAGAGGUGCAACGAAAGCAUGUCUAUGAUCUUAGGCAAUUGAUAUUGACAGGGGAUUCCGAGAGUUGUUGCCAACACAUUUUCCAGUACAUGCAAGCAGUGGUAGAUGAAAUCAUCUUCGGAAAUGUUGAUCCAAUGAAGCAUCCAAGUAAAUGGAAUUUGGGUAAGCUCUUGAAUGAGUUUAUUGGAAUUGGAGGAAAGAUAUUGGCUGAUCCAUUUACAGGGAUCAAUGAGCAAGCUGUGCUGUCAUCUCUUGAAAGGUUACAUGAAGUGAGCUCUGUAGAGGUUGAUGGAUUUUCCCUUCCGAACUUGCCAGUACCUCCAAAUGCAUUCAGAGGAAUCCGGAAGAAAAGCUCUUCCUUAAAACGGUGGCUUAGCAUAUACACUGAUGAGUCAGCAAAGAAGGGAAGAUACCAAGGAACCGCUAAUCUUCUUCGCAAGUACCUCGGUGACUUUUUGAUUGCUUCCUAUUUGGAGGUUGUACAAGAAUCUGGUUAUGACGAUGCAUAUAUUCAAGAAAUUGAGAGAGCGGUGUUUGUGAAAACUCUGGAUUGUUUCUGGAGAGACCAUUUGAUAAAUAUGAAUAGGCUCAGUUCAGCGGUGAAUGUGAGGAGUUUCGGGCAUAGGAACCCACUAGAAGAAUACAAGAUUGAUGGGUGUCGAUUUUUCAUAUCCAUGCUUAGUGCAACCAGAAGGUUGACUAUAGAAUCCCUCUUACAGUAUUGGUCAUCCCCGAUGGAGUCCGAAGAGUUAUUUGUGCCAUAGAUUCCUCUGUACCAUAUCUUGUGGUUUUAUACAUGUGAGUUUUUUCAUUUUUUCUUUCUUCUUUUAUUAUUAUUAUUAUUUUU